AUGCCUCGCGCAAUCAGAGGCGUUCUUAUCGAAUGCGAUCCCUCCAUCAAAUCCAUCAUUGUCAGCAUCGAUAGUGCCAACCAUGACUACAUAAUCGAAGAUCUCGACGACGAACGCGUAGUCGUCAAAGAAAACAUGGUCUCGAUGCUCAAGGCCAAGCUCGAGGACCGACUAAAGGAAAACCUGCCUCCCGAAGAGGAAUCUGGCUCAGAAUAG